CGAGCCACUGAGUAAGUGUGUUUGUGAAGGAAGGUGCGUGCCCUGCCACAACAUGUUUGAAGAGCUCCUGCAGGUUCCUGCGUUGUCCUCCUUGUUGGGGAUCCUCGCAGGCUUCCUGGUCAUCCACCUUUUGUACUCCAGUUGGACUUUCCAAGGUAAACACACGCAUCCUCCUGGGCCCAGAUGUCUUCCCUUGCUUGGUAACCUGCUUCAGGUGGAUCUCUCCAGGCUUGAUCAGUCCCUUUUUAAGCUGUCUAAAAAGUAUGGACCAGUCUUCACCCUCCACUUGGGACUCAAAAAGAUGGUGGUGCUGGCUGGGAGCAAGACAGUCCGACAAGCUCUCAUAAACCAUGCUGAGGAGUUUGGGGACAGAGAAUCCAGUCCUCUAUUCCAUGAUUUAUCCAAAGGGCAUGGCAUCGUAUUCUCCAAUGGUGACUCCUGGAAAGAAAUGAGACGUUUUGCUUUAACAACCCUGAGAGAUUUUGGGAUGGGAAAGAGGCUCAGUGAGCAGAAAAUCAUUGAGGAGUGUCAAUACCUGACUGAGGAGUUUCAAAAACAUGAAGGUAAAGCAUUUGACACCAAAAUGCCAAUCACUUAUGCAACUUCAAAUAUCAUUUCGGGCGUCAUCUUUGGAAAAAGGUUUGACUACAAAGAUCCGGUCAUCCGAGAUAUGGUUAAAAACGACCAAGAAGCCGUCCUUCUGUCUGGAUCACCUUCCAUCCUGAUCUACAAUGUCUUUCCAUGGCUGGGCCCUUGGCUUAAAAACUGGAGGGAUUUAAUGAGAGUUAUAGAGAAUAACAAGCAGCAUUUAUUACAAUUAAUAAACAGCCUAAAGGAGACUUUCAACCCUGAUAUAUGUCGCUGCUUCGUCGAUGCUUUCUGGACACGUAAGCUAAACCUGGAGGAAUCCGGAGCCCAGGGGCUGCACCUUCAUAACGAAAACCUGGUCUACACCGUGUUGGAUUUAUUUGGCGCUGGAACUGAAACAACAUCUAAUACCCUUCGCUGGGGUCUACUUUUCAUGUCCAAGUACCCUCAUAUACAAGAUCGGGUUCAGGAGGAGCUGAGCAGGGUGGUGGGAGUCCGUCAGGUCCAGAUGGAGGACAGGAAGAACCUGCCUUACACCGACGCAGUCAUCCAUGAAACGCAGAGGCUGGCCAACAUCGUCCCCCUGUCUGUCACUCACAGCACCAGCAGAGAUGUCACCUUCCAGGGAUACUUCAUCGAAAAGGGGACCACUGUGCUCCCUCUGCUGACAUCUGUCCUCUAUGAUGAGACUGAAUGGAAGACACCAAACACCUUCAACCCUUCCCACUUCCUGGAUGAGGAGGGUAAAUUCAUCAGGAGGGAUGCCUUCUUACCCUUCUCUGCAGGCCGCAGGGCUUGUCUCGGUGAAGGUCUGGCCCGGAUGGAGCUCUUCCUCUUCUUCACGCACCUCCUCCAGCACUUCCGAUUCACCCCCGCACCUGGGAUUUCGGAGGACGAGGUGGAUUUGACGCCGAUUGUGGGCUUCACGCUCACUCCACCACUUCACCAGCUGUGUGCUGUGAGUCGCUACUGAGGAGGAGAUGUUGGCGGAAAAAGCAAAACUCUACUCAGCUCCUCCUGACUAUAAAUACUCCAAUGAUAACCGAAUGCUGCGAUAUUUUGACUUUCAAAUGAUUCACAGUUAGUUAUAUGUAUUACUCUUCGAGAUUAAUAAAGUAUCUCUCUAUAUACGUAUACUAUAUCCGAGGUUAAAAAGCAGGGGCACGCUUACCCCCAAUGGUACGCUAAUUGGGAGUACAAGAAUGACUCUUUCUGUGAGCUCUAAUUGCUUUGAAGAAGUCGAUGUGACGUCAUGGUUGUGUAGGAAUCGCUUGCAUAAGAUGAUUUUCAGAUUCUCCAAUUGUUCUCCAAUGUCCUGCAAAAGCUGUGGUUCCAGUAAAGGAUGGAUUGGUCGUUCAUGCUCGUCAUUGUUAUUGUUCACAGCUCAAUAAACAUCAGGACCCUUCCAA